AUGGCGAAUUUGUUGGUGUCGGUGACUUUUCUUGCUUUUGCCGCGUUGAUGAGUGGGUGUCAUGCUAACUCUGACCUUUCUGUUACUGGAUAUGGAUCCUUGGAAAUUGCCAUGCUGAGACACGGAGAAAAAUACGCAACAAAUAGGGACUGCUACACUUGGGAAGAUGUCCCACCAUUGUACCAUGGCAUGACUCACAUUCGAGGGCUCAACGAUAAACUUGGUAUCAUAAGAUUCAAGGUCAGCGUCCCAGUUAUCAUUUACCUUGCCAUUGAUUCUCGUUAUUCUUACAUCCACGGUGCCGACUACGAAGUCACGGAAGAUUUGGUGAUGCUGGGGGGAUGCCACAAGCCGAGGGUUAAGUUCCCAAUCUACAGGAGCAAGAACGUCCAUGGUCCGGGACUGGUUUCCAUAAAUUUUAAAUCGUCUCGUAUGACGGGCAUCUUUCUAAGGGGCGCCUACCAGGUUCGUCCCUACGCCGAACUGAAAGUUACCUUCCCCAGUACCCCCCGGGAGAUCAGCAUGGUCAGAGAAGGGGAGAAAUUUAGCACCAACCGUGCCUGCUACACGAUGGAGGACAUCCCUCCCAAAUACUACGGAUCAACGCAUCUCCGGGGUCCGAACGACGAGAGGACAAUCACCUUUGAUGUAAACAUACCGGUGAUUGUGUACGUGGCUAUUGAUUCUCGCUUACAUCGCAACACGAUUUUACCUUCGACAUUCAUUGCAACCGGAGAGAAGAUUGUACAUGGUGGGUGUCAUGCGCGCACUGACUUUCCCAUAUACGAGCGGAAGUACCCGAGUGGGGGAACUGUGACCGUCCCACUAAGUGAAUCCCGGAUGUUGACGGUUAUGGUGAAACCGCUGAUUUGA